AUGCCAUGCAGUACAUAAAACUAACGUAAAUAUGCCAAAAUUAUAAGUUGGCUUUAAAAUAAGGACGACUAUCAUUGUGCGUCACUUUUGUAUCUUAAUUAUAUCCCACUUGAUAUAUUAUCGUGUGAAGGAGGAGUUCUUCUUUUAAAAUUGAUAGAAAGUAACAAUAGUAUGUACUUCAAUCAAAUAUUUAGCAUAAGAUGGUAUUAAAUUAUUUAUCAGCUAUUCUCCAAAUAACUGUGCCUUAAUCAACUUUAGUUCUAAUGCGCAUCAACCGGUCAAAAAUUUAAUUUUUUUCUUUUAUCUCACUUUAGAUUUAGUGCUAAAACACUAUAUUUGUGGUUAUAGAUCAGUAGUAUAUUUAAUUUGUUGUUUUUAGAAAUACUCCAAAUAGCUCUUACUACCUUACACGUAUUUUUAAUACAGAGUACAACAGUGGUAGUUAUUGAUUAAUUUCCUUUCAACAAUCAAAAAUAAAAUUAUGGAAGAUUUUUAAUAUCAAUCAAUUCAGCAACUUAUAGAAAAAAAAUAGAUUUUUUGGCUAAAUAAGUAAGAUAAAAAAGAUAAAAUUCGAUAAUUAUAUGCUUUAUUUUUGAUAGAUCUAUUUAAAAUUACUUUAUUCUUUCACAUGAAUGA